AUGGUGGCAAACACAAAAGACAAUGGCAUUGGAAAGGAUAAUGUAGACUUGGCGGCGGAGGUGGGCACCCCGUCGGUGCGCACCGAGACCAACGACAAUGGCGAGGGAAAACGGACUCCGAUGGAUACAGGGACUGAUCAGGACACGGUCCGGAACGUCUCUGAGUCAGAUCCCAAAACGGACCUGAAACCGCGAAUUACCCGGUCAAGGACCAGGGAGACCAAAGCGGUGCGCGAAAGGGCUGGACGCAGCCUUCCAGCAAGUACGGAGAGGGACCGGAGCACAGGCGGUAGGGGAAGGAAUAGGUCCCCCCUAAUAAAUGACAAGGCGGGCAAGCCCUAUAAACAUGGGAAACGUGCACAUGAAGACGACGCUGGGAAUAUGCAGCCGGAUGUUGCCCCAAAAAUAAACACUGCGCGUAGAGGAAAAGCUGGGUGUAAAUAUUCAGGCAUGGCAAGAGCUAAAGCACAACUGCGGAAUUCUUAUUCGGAUGAGUAUGAAAUGAUCUCUGACAUUGCUGAGAAUGCGGAGCGACGUUUCACACGUGCACGAGGGAAGGACAUCUCUGAGUAUAUCAGGGCAACUCCUGCCAUCAGCUCAGAAGUUGCAAAAAGCUCAUCCCCGGUCCCAGUAAUCUAUGAGGGGGACAUAAUCGACGAAGUCUGCACGGAAGCCAACAAUGUGCUAGAGGAGGCUCGCAAAUCCGGGAACUUGAAUGGCCAAGUGCACGGCAGGAUUAACAAUUCCUGCCGACGCAUCCUGCAGGCGAUGAAAAAAUUACAGUCCCGCGAGGAGGGGGACGAGCUGCGAGCUCUCAAGGCAGAUAACAAGAGGAUGAAAGAGCAGCUUGCACAACUCCAAGCGGAGACAAAGGCGCUAAGGAAAGCUUACUCCGAGAGGAACACAAAAGUUAAAGCGCAGGCGCCAGCAUCGGCAUUAGAAACUCAUCAACUGCCAGAGAUUGUCGCGUCAGUAUUUGAGGAGUUCAAGGAGGACCUGAAAAAAGAGCUCCACAUCUCCUUGGGGGACAUGAUUAAUGUACGCAUAGGAGAGGUGAGAGCUCUCCUCCCCCCUGCGCCGACGCUCCGCCCUCCUCUGGCGGCAGACCGCAAUAAUGCGGCACGAGCAGCGAGUAACCAGGCUGAACCCGCACAGGUAGCCAGCUUGUCACAAGCUGAGAGCAGGCCAGCUACAUCAGGAGCGACCCUAAUGCCCCCUGCUAGGCCAGGCCCAGCGGAGAAACGAGCCAAGAAGAAGGCCAAUGCGGGUGCCAAGCAAGCCACAGCCAGUCUGGCCGGCCCCUCAGCGACGACCACUCAGGUGUCUGCACCCCAGACCACUUGGAGGGAAGUGGUCAGCAAGAAGGCUCGGAGAAAGGCAAACAAAGCUCCCCCGCCGCCGGCCUCUAAGACAGCAAGAAUGCCUUCAACACCGAAGAAGCUAUCAGAGCCCAACACUGCUGCGGUUGUGAUAGCCCUUAAGCCGGAAUCUGAGGCCUCGUACGCUUCUAUAAUGGCCAAAGUGACGGCCUCAUUUAAACUGUCUGAGAUCGGGCUAGAGCACGUAAAGAUAAGGAAGGCGGCGGAUGGUGCCCGGUUAAUUGAGGUUCCGGGAGCAGACAAGGGCAGAGCAGCAGACGAACUCUGCACUAAGCUAGCAGGUCUGGUCGGCGAAGAAGCUAAGGUGUACCGCCCUGUAAAAAUGGCAAGGCUGAGAAUCUCGGGGCUGGAUGAGGCCUGA